CCAAGGCAUCAUGGACAACCUCCAGAUGGGUAUUACCUGUGUGCUGUUCAAAGUGAUGUUUGAGCUGAGUCCAGUUGUGGCAUUUUGUCCAUCAUGUGAACCAGGUUACUACCAGACCAGAAACUGUUCCAAGGAUGGAUCUGGUAUAAUUGGGAUCAAAUGUCGUCUCUGUACCGAAUGCUCAGCUAAUCAAAUGGAGACUCUGCAUAUGUGUACUAAAUUCACCGACUCUGUGUGUGGAGACAGAAUCAACACCACUGAUCCACAGACCCCCCCACCGACAACAAGAAAACCACAACAUUUACCUGAUGAUUGGAGCCGUGCCAUUGCCAUUUAUGUGCCAGUGGGUCUGGUCUUUCUGUUACUUCUGGUCUUCACCUGGCUGUGCUGCAAAAAGAAGCUUUUCUAUAAAUAUCAGAAGCCCCUUCCCCCCAAGUGCUCCCCUGAGACCAAAGUCCCACCCCUACUGGAACUGAACUGUCUGUCUCCAUACCUGCCCUGA